AAAAAGGACCGAAGAGAAGGCGCAUAUCAGGCGCCCCCAGCCGCUCUCUGUUGUCCGUUCCGCGGGAGAUAGCCCCUCAUGACGGGACCUCCAUGCUGACUGACCGCAGGACAUGGGAGUCCUCGAAAUCACUGACCAGCAUUCACUGGUCCAAGCAAUAUUCAAUCGCAACCUAGAAGAAGUACAAUUGCUAUUGAGCCAAAAGGAAAAUGUCAACGCUUUGGACCAAGAGAGGCGCACGCCUCUGCAUGCUGCUGCCUACUUAGGAGACAUCCCUGUUAUGGAGCUAUUAAUACAGUCCGGUGCUAAUGUUAAUGCAAAGGAUUCAAUCUGGCUUACUCCCUUGCACCGGGCAGCAGCUGCACGAAAUGAGAGGGCAGUCUCUCUUCUUGUAAAGCACUCUGUGGAUGUCAAUGCCCGGGACAAGAACUGGCAAACUCCACUACAUGCUGCAGCUGCUAACAGAGCAACGAAAUGUGCGGAGACCUUAAUGGGAUUGGUGAAAAAUGUCAACAUAGCAGAUCGGACAGGACGUACUGUGCUUCACCAUGCUGUGCUCAGUGGCAGCGUAGAGAUUGUUGUAAUGCUUUUAAACAGAAGGGCACACCACAGCAUUUGUGAUAAAAAGGAGCGGCACCCUAUCCUGUAUGCAUCUUACCUUGGACACCUGGAGAUUGCAAAGCUGCUUAUAUCUCGGGGAGCUGACGCAAUGUCGAAGGAUAAGAACGGUUAUACACCCCUUCAUGCAGCUGCUUCUAGUGGGAGGAUAGACAUUGUGAAAUAUUUGUUAAAACUUGGCGUGGAGAUCGAUGAACCCAAUUGUUUUGGAAACACUGCCCUGCACAUAGCCUGUUACAUGGGUCAGGAUGCUGUGGCUAAUGAACUUGUCAACUAUGGCUCCAAUGUCAACCAGCCCAAUGAGAAGGGCUUCACCCCUCUGCACUUUGCUGCUGUUUCCACAAAUGGGGCAUUGUGCCUGGAGCUGCUAGUCAACAAUGGAGCUGAUGUCAAUCACCAGAGUAAAGAAGGGAAGAGCCCCUUACACAUGGCUGCCAUACACGGAAGAUUUACUCGUUCCCAGAUUUUGAUUCAAAAUGGUGGUGAAAUUGACUGUGCUGAUAAAUAUGGCAAUACCCCUCUGCAUGUUGCUGCUAGAUAUGGGCAUGAGCUGCUAAUAAGUACAUUGAUGACAAAUGGUGCUGAUACUGCAAGGCGUGGUGUUCAUGGCAUGUUUCCCCUGCACUUAGCUGUUCUGUAUGGGUUCUCAGACUGUUGCCGAAAGCUACUUUCCUCAGGUCAGUUGUACAGCAUAGUGGCCUCGCUGAGCAAUGAACAUGUGCUGUCUGCCGGCUUUGAUAUCAACACACCUGACAACCUCGGGAGGACCUGCCUCCACGCUGCUGCUUCAGGAGGCAAUGUUGAAUGUCUUAAUUUGCUAGCAAGCAGUGGCGCUGAUCUGAUGAGACGAGAUAAAUUUGGAAGGACACCGCUGCAUUACGCUGCUGCCAAUGGCAGCUACCAGUGCACAGUGACUCUAGUCACCGCUGGAGCCAGUGUUAAUGUGGCAGACUUUAAAGGCUGCACUCCCAUACACUAUGCUGCUGCUUCAGAUACCUAUAAGAGGGUUCCCCAUGCUGGCUCAAAAUCUUCAAACCACGCCGAACAGUCCAGAAUGGUGGACUCUAACGCUGGGAAAGGCCACGAGUCUGAAGAAGAUGAUGAGAAGGCAUCGCUAGAAAAAGAGGCUUUCUUUGCCUUAGAAUUUCUGCUGGACAACAAUGCCGACCCUUCACUUCGAGAUAAACAGGGUUAUGCUGCUGUUCACUAUGCAGCCGCUUUUGGCAACAGGCAGAACUUGGAACUACUCCUAGAGAUGUCAUUUAACUGCCUGGAGGAUGUGGAAAGCACUGUACCGGUUAGCCCUUUGCACUUAGCGGCCUUCAAUGGUCGCUGCGAUGCCCUGAAAACUCUAGCGGAGACGCUGGUAAAUCUGGACGUUCGUGAUCACAAAGGCCGCACUGCGCUUUACCUCGCCACAGAGAGGGGUUUUACAGAGUGUGUGGAGGUUCUGAUGAGCCAUGGGGCCUCCCCUCUCAUAAAGGACCGCAAGAAAAAAUGGACACCAUUGCAUGUAGCAGCUGCCUCUGGAAACACUGAUGUUCUUCACCUGCUAAUUGAUAGCAGUGAGAGACCAGACAUUACUGAUGUAACGGAUGCGCAUGGGCAAACCCCCCUUAUGCUUGCUGUGAUGAAUGGACAUGUUGACUGUGUUCACCUGCUGCUGGAGAAAGGAGCCACUGUAGAUGCUGGAGAUAAGCGAGGAAGAACCACACUACACAGAGCAUCAGUAACUGGUUGUGAAGAUUGUGUGGGAGCUCUGCUGGACCAUGAUGCCUUUGUGCUGUGUCGGGAUUACAAGGGACGCACACCUAUUCACUUUGCUUCAGCUUGCGGCCAUGCAACAUUGGUGCAUGUGUAUUUGCAGGCUGCACUUUCAACAGACCCACUGGAUGCAGUGGUGGAUUACAACGGAUACACUCCCAUGCACUGGGCUGCUUACAAUGGGCAUGAAGAUUGUUUGGAAUUGUUACUUGAACACAACCCAUUUGCUUACCUCGAAGGAAACCCUUUCACCCCUUUGCACUGUGCAGUAAUUAACAGCCAAGACGGUACGGCUGAGAUGCUUAUAACAGCAUUGGGUGCCAAGAUUGUGAAUACCAGAGAUGCCAAAGGAAGGACACCUCUUCAUGCUGCAGCCUUUGCUGACAACAUGAAUGGUUUACAGCUACUGCUGCACCACCAAGCGGAGGUUGAUGCCUCUGACCAGGCAGGUCGGACACCACUGAUGAUAGCAGCAGAAAAUGGGAAAACUGCAGCAGUUGAGUUCCUGUUGUUUCACAUGAAAGCAGAUUUAACUGUGAUGGACAUAAACAAGAACACUGCUCUUCACCUAGCCUGCAGCAAGGGACAUGAAAAGUGUGCCUUGCUGCUUCUAGGGGAAACCCAGGACACUGGCCUUAUCAAUGCAACUAACAGCAUGCUGCAAAUGCCGCUUCACAUUGCUGCCCGAAAUGGGCUUGCAUCUGUUGUCCAAGCUUUGCUUACCAGAGGAGCUACUGUUUUGGCUGUGGAUGAGGAAGCAGGUCACACCCCAGCCUUGGCCUGCGCUCCCAACAAAGACGUAGCAGAUUGCUUGGCACUUAUCCUAUCCACCAUGAAGCCUUUCCCACCAAAAGACGCCAUCCUUCCCUUCAGUUUCAACCUCCUGAACAACUGCGGUAUUGCUGCCAAGACUGCCCUCCCUAACGGCGGCAGCUGUCCCUACUCAAAGGAUCGUCAUAGUUCCAUUGCCAUGGAUGGCUGCUACUCCGAGUAGCUACUCCCGCCUUGCGGGUUACCCAAAACCUUACUAUAAUUUAUUUAGGUUAACGUGUGUAUAGGGCACUUUAAAGGAGAACAAGACACAUCAUUUGCAGAGGUAUCAACUGUGCCUGGGCUUUCUUCCUAUUUUCACCUGCUCUCUUGAGCUGUCCUGGCUUGCACUGAAGCUUAUGUAGUAUUGUACCUUCUUUGUAUUUAGGAAAGAGCCCAGGUCAGGUGGAAUGGAGUUUGCCGAUGGGGUACAGAAUUAAUGUGUGAUUCUUUAAUCGGCUACCAUUGCUUCUUCACCAUCUUUGGAAGAGGAAGCCCUCUGUAUCCAUAUUUUAAAAGG